GGUGAAGGAGGAAGUUGAAGUGGUGGACCCCAAAGCACGAGCAAAAGCCAACUGGUUACGGGCAUUCAAUAAAGUCUGCAUUCAACUCCAAGAGGCUCGAGGCGAAGGCGAAUCAAAAUCCCUCUGGUUUAAAGGCGGGCCUGGUGGCGGGUUGAUCAUAAUUGAUAGUAUGCCUGACAUUCGCAAAAGAAAACCCAUACCCCUAGUUAGCGAUUUGGCGAUGUCCUUAGUCCAGUCCAGGAAAGCUGGUAUUACGUCAGCACUUGCAUCAAGCACUUUAAACAAUGAAGAGCUAAAAAACCAUGUUUACAAGAAAACCCUCCAAGCCUUAAUCUAUCCCAUCUCUUGCACAACCCCCCAUUAUUUUGAGGUGUGGACUGCCACCACUCCCACCUAUUGUUAUGAGUGUGAGGGCCUGCUCUGGGGCAUUGCACGCCAAGGAAUGCGGUGUACCGAGUGUGGAGUGAAAUGCCAUGAAAAGUGCCAAGACCUGCUCAAUGCCGACUGCUUGCAAAGGGCAGCAGAGAAAAGUUCUAAACAUGGGGCAGAAGAUCGCACACAGAAUAUUAUUAUGGUGCUGAAAGACCGUAUGAAGAUCCGGGAGCGGAAUAAACCAGAAAUCUUCGAGUUGAUCCAGGAGAUCUUUGCGGUCUGCAAGACCACCCAUACCCAGCAGAUGAAGGCAGUCAAGCAGAGUGUUUUGGAUGGCACUUCAAAAUGGUCAGCCAAGAUCAGCAUCACAGUGGUUUGUGCGCAAGGCCUGCAGGCGAAGGAUAAAACGGGCUCCAGUGACCCCUAUGUAACCGUCCAGGUUGGAAAGACCAAAAAGAGAACAAAAACCAUUUAUGGAAAUUUGAACCCCGUCUGGGAGGAAAACUUCCACUUUGAGUGUCAUAACUCCUCCGAUCGAAUUAAGGUUCGGGUAUGGGACGAAGACGAUGACAUCAAGUCUAGGGUAAAACAGCGCUUCAAGAGGGAAUCUGAUGACUUCCUGGGUCAGACGAUCAUUGAAGUACGGACACUGAGUGGAGAAAUGGAUGUCUGGUACAAUCUGGAUAAGAGAACAGAUAAGUCAGCUGUAUCCGGAGCUAUCCGAUUGCACAUUAGUGUGGAGAUCAAAGGAGAGGAGAAAGUGGCACCUUACCAUGUGCAAUACACCUGUCUUCAUGAAAACCUAUUCCAUUUUGUGACGGAUAUCCAAAACAAUGGUGUCGUCAAAAUCCCAGAUGCAAAAGGAGACGAUGCUUGGAAAGUAUAUUUUGAUGAAACUGCCCAGGAGAUUGUGGAUGAGUUUGCUAUGAGAUACGGAGUGGAGUCCAUCUAUCAGGCUAUGACGCACUUUGCCUGUCUUUCCUCAAAAUACAUGUGCCCAGGGGUGCCUGCUGUAAUGAGUACUUUAUUGGCCAACAUUAAUGCUUAUUAUGCACAUACCACUGCCUCCACCAAUGUCUCUGCCUCUGACCGUUUUGCCGCUUCCAAUUUCGGGGUAAGUCCGAUG